AUGGCUUGGCGCUCAGCUGGUUCGCUGUCUCGGUCAUUGGUGUCCAACGCAAGGGUUUCGUCCCUCCGCUCGGCGCCCCCUCUCCGUCGCCUCCGCCCGCCGUCGCUCUCCACUCCUCGUCGCCUCUUCGCUUCUCCCAGGAACUUGGGUGAACUGGGAUGCAUACAAUCGCUUUUGCCGAUGCACUGCAUGACGGCUGCAACCUGCCUCACAUCUCACCUGGCUGCCAACGUGCGGGGUUGUUGCGAGUUGUCACACGGUACCUUCUGCCGCACUUGUCAGGAUCGCUAGUAGUCCCUUUGGACUUGAAGGGACUUUUGGAUCAGCAUAGUUGAGUGCAACUCAACAUCGUGGGUGAUCGUAGAGUUUGGAUGUAUCCCGAAGGAACAAGUGCUUUUGGAUUAGGAAAACUUAUUAGGAGCACGUCUUUUUGAAAAUUUCUUCAUAAUAAGAAACAUGGUAGUUCAUCUGAUUUCUGGAUGACGGUUCCUAGGUGUCCGGACUUCAUUACUUGUACGUGGUAAAUUUCUUUGUCUCGUAAGCUGUGACUAAAUGUUUCAACAUUAAUAUGUUGAUUAUCAACCUAUAUUAGUCUCUGCUCUUUUGAAUAAUAAUGUUAGUUCUGGUAAA